GGGAGCCAGCAAAAGUUUCCUGCCAGGCAGGGCCAGCUGGGCGCUCCCCGCUCGCUGUCAGGGAGCGCCAGGGUGGCUCGCUGCGGGCCCCGGAGCCUGCAGCCCAGGCCGCCCUCCAGCCCCGGAGCCCGCAGCCCACGCGGGGCCGCUACCUGUCAGUGCGCUGGGCUCGGACCGCGGCUGACCACCCACCCGGGCCGCACUCCCCCGCAACUUUCCUUGCUUUGUUCUGCUGGAAAUGGGCCUCGGAAGCUCCUAGGACAGGGUCUCCGCCAGGCGGCAAGAGCUGAGCGCCGAGAUGUGUUACGUUCUCAUCUCCCCAUCAAUUAUGGAUGGAAACAAAUAAGGAAGAGUCAAUUUUGCAUGAGCCGCGUCUCCGGCGGCGAGAGGCGUCCUGCAGCCCCGAGGAGCCGCCGCUCGCGCUCGCAGCCGCACGCAGGCCAUGCCCAGCACCAGGUAGCUAAGUGGGAUUCUGAGGAGGGGCCCACCAUGAGAUUCUUCCUGCCUUCGCUCUGUGUGCUGUUCCUCCUGGUUUCCCGGUUAAGGGCAGUCAGCUUUCCGGAAGAUGAUGAACCCCUUAAUACUGUUGACUACCACUAUUCAAGGCAAUAUCCGGUUUUUAGAGGACGCCCUUCAGGCAAUGAAUCGCAGCACAGGCUGGACUUUCAGCUGAUGUUGAAAAUUCGAGACACACUUUAUAUUGCUGGCAGGGAUCAAGUUUAUACAGUGAACUUAAAUGAAAUCCCCAAAACAGAAGUCAUACCAAGUAAGAAGCUGACGUGGAGGUCAAGACAACAGGAUCGAGAAAACUGUGCCAUGAAAGGCAAGCACAAAGAUGAAUGCCAUAACUUUAUCAAAGUAUUUGUUCCAAGAAACGAUGAGAUGGUUUUUGUAUGUGGUACUAAUGCUUUCAAUCCGAUGUGUAGAUACUAUAGGUUGAAUACCUUAGAGUAUGAUGGGGAAGAAAUUAGUGGCCUGGCAAGAUGCCCAUUUGAUGCUAGACAAACCAACGUUGCCCUUUUUGCUGAUGGAAAGCUCUAUUCUGCCACAGUGGCUGAUUUCUUGGCCAGUGACGCUGUGAUUUAUCGAAGCAUGGGUGAUGGAUCUGCCCUUCGCACAAUAAAAUAUGAUUCCAAGUGGAUCAAAGAGCCACACUUCCUUCAUGCCAUAGAAUAUGGAAACUAUGUCUAUUUCUUCUUCAGAGAGAUCGCUGUGGAACAUAAUAACUUAGGCAAGGCUGUGUAUUCCCGCGUGGCCCGCAUAUGUAAAAAUGAUAUGGGUGGCUCCCAGCGAGUUCUGGAGAAACACUGGACUUCCUUUCUGAAGGCUCGGCUUAACUGUUCUGUCCCUGGAGAUUCUUUUUUCUACUUUGAUGUUCUGCAGUCCAUUACAGACAUAAUUCAAAUCAACGGUGUCCCUACUGUGGUUGGGGUGUUCACCACGCAGCUCAACAGCAUUCCUGGUUCUGCAGUGUGUGCCUUUAGCAUGGAGGACAUUGAGAAAGUCUUCAAAGGACGGUUUAAAGAACAGAAAACUCCAGAUUCUGUUUGGACAGCAGUUCCUGAAGACAAAGUACCAAAGCCAAGGCCCGGCUGCUGUGCCAAACAUGGCCUCGCAGAAGCCUACAAAACCUCCAUCGACUUCCCAGAUGAGACCCUGUCCUUCAUCAAAUCCCAUCCCCUGAUGGACUCUGCUGUUCCACCCAUUGCUGAUGAGCCCUGGUUCACAAAGACUCGUGUCAGGUACAGGUUGACCGCCAUUGCAGUGGACCGCUCUGCAGGGCCCUACCAGAACUACACAGUCAUCUUUGUUGGCUCCGAAGCUGGAGUGGUGCUUAAAGUUUUGGCAAAGACUAGUCCUUUCUCUUUGAAUGAAAGUGUAUUACUGGAAGAGAUUGAAGCUUACAACCAAGUGAAGUGCACUGCAGAGAGCGAGGAGGACAGAAAAGUCAUCGCAUUACAACUGGAUAAAGAGCACCACGCUUUAUACGUGGCGUUCUCCAGCUGCGUUGUCCGCAUUCCCCUCAGUCGCUGUGAGCGGUACGGAUCCUGUAAAAAGUCUUGUAUUGCAUCACGUGACCCAUACUGUGGCUGGUUGAGCCAGGGAGUUUGUGAAAGAGUGACUCUAGGGAUGCUGCUGUUAACUGAGGACUUCUUUGCUUUCCGUAACCACAGCGCUGGAGGUUAUGAACAAGAUGCGGAGUAUGGCAACACGGCCCACCUAGGGGACUGCCACGAAAUUUUGCCUACUUCAACUACACCAGAUUACCAAAUAUUUGGCGGUCCAACAUCUGACAUGGAGGUAUCUUCGUCUUCUGUUACCACAGUGGCAAGUAUCCCAGAAAUUACACCCAAAGUGAUUGAUACCUGGAGACCUAAACUGACGAGCUCCCGGAAAUUUGUAGUUCAAGAUGACCCAAACACUUCUGAUUUUACUGAUACUUUAUCAGGUAUCCCAAAGGGUGUACGAUGGGAAGUCCAGUCUGGGGAGUCCAACCAGAUGGUGCACAUGAACGUCCUCAUCACCUGUGUCUUUGCUGCGUUUGUCCUGGGCGCAUUCAUUGCAGGAGUGGCAGUAUACUGCUAUCGUGACAUGUUCGUUAGGAAGAACAGAAAGAUCCAUAAAGAUGCGGAAUCUGCCCAGUCCUGCACAGACUCCAGUGGAAGUUUUGCCAAGCUGAAUGGUCUCUUUGACAGUCCCGUCAAGGAAUACCAACAGAACAUUGAUUCUCCUAAACUCUAUAGCAACCUGCUGACCAGUCGGAAGGAGCUGCCACCCAAUGGGGAUACAAAGUCCAUGGUCAUGGACCAUCGAGGCCAGCCUCCAGAACUCGCUGCUCUUCCUACCCCAGAGUCCACACCGGUACUCCACCAGAAGACCCUGCAGGCCAUGAAGAGCCACUCAGACAAGGCCCACAGUCAUGGUGCUUCAAGGAAAGAACCCCCUCAGUUUUUUCCUUCUAGUCCUCCACCCCACUCCCCAUUAAGUCAUGGGCAUAUCCCCAGUGCUAUUGUUCUUCCAAAUGCUACCCAUGAUUAUAAUACAUCUUUCUCAAACUCCAAUGCUCACAAAGCUGAAAAGAAGCUUCAAAACAUUGAUCACCCUCUUACGAAGUCAUCCAGUAAGAGGGAUCACCGGCGUUCUGUGGAUUCCAGAAAUACCCUCAAUGAUCUCCUGAAGCACUUAAAUGACCCAAAUAGUAACCCCAAAGCCAUCAUGGGAGAAAUCCACAUGGCCCAUCAAACCCUCAUGCUGGAUCCCGUGGGACCUAUGUCUGAGGUCCCACCAAAGGUCCCUAAUAGGGAAGCAUCUCUCUACUCCCCUCCUUCAACACUCCCCAGAAAUAGUCCAACCAAGCGAGUGGAUGUCCCCACCACUCCUGGGGUCCCAAUGACUUCUCUGGAAAGACAAAGGGGCUAUCAUAAAAAUUCCUCCCAGAGGCACUCUAUAUCUGCUCUGCCUAAAAACUUAAACUCACCAAAUGGUGUUUUGUUAUCCAGACAGCCCAGUAUGAACCGUGGAGGAUAUAUGCCCACCCCCACAGGGGCGAAGGUAGACUAUAUUCAGGGGACUCCAGUGAGUGUCCAUCUGCAGCCUUCCCUUUCCAGACAGAGCAGCUACACCAGUAAUGGCACCCUACCCAGGACGGGACUAAAGAGGACACCGUCCUUAAAACCUGAUGUGCCACCAAAGCCUUCCUUCGUUCCUCAAACCACAUCUGUCAGACCACUGAACAAAUACACUUACUAGGCCUCAAGUGUGCUAUUUCUGUGUGGCUUUACGCUGUCUGUGUUGUUGAAAGGAUGCUGUAAGGGUACCUUAAGACGAGAGACCUGCUUGUGUUUUAAGAGAAACAAGUAGCCAAAGAAACUCUUACUUUGGCAACAUCAGAACUUGCCACAUGUAGCUACCGCAGCAAGGCUUCUGUGUACUUGUCUGAGAACAAAGGAAGGUGCUGGUCAUUCCAUUUCUUUUGUUUGAUGCUAACAUGGUGUGUAGCUCUGAAGGGCUACCUUAACCAGUAUAAAGAGCUGAUACAGUACUCAGAAGAAUCUGUGAACAAAUACUUGAAAAUGGGUUCAAUUUAGACUGCCGUUAUGUGUGGUCUUCCCAUUAAAUGUGAACAUUUUAAUAUGUAUGCAUUCACCUUGCCUCUUG